AAAGCUGAGUCUGGAACACAUAAAACCCUUAAUCAACCCGAAACCCUGCUGCCGCUGCUGGUACUCCUGGUGCUGCUUACCUGUCAUCGACCAUGGCUUCGCAGUCUCGAAGAGGCGGACUCUCACUCCCGGACCGGCGAGGCUCUUCAAAGCAGGAACCAAACAUCCUGGCUAAAAUCAACAACACUCAAAUCGUAUCUAAAGGAAAGCAAGCAGCCUCCGACGCCGUUUUUGUCGCCAAAAAGCUUCUUAAAAGCACAGGCAAGGCCGCCUGGAUUGCCGGGACCACUUUCUUAAUCCUGGCCGUUCCUUUGAUUAUCGAGAUGGACCGUGAGCAGCAACUCAACGAGCUCGAGCUCCAGCAGCAAAGCCUUCUUGGUGCCCCGCCCGUUGGCCCUGCUCCACCCAAGUAGAUCCGAUCCGGUUAGAGAUUGUUAAUUUAUGCUGCGUUUCAUUUUUAGUCUCUGUUUAGGGAUUUGGAUUUACAGCUUUAGUAAUUGAUGUAUGUUGAUUCUCUCUCUUUAAAUUGAAUGUCUGGGUUUUGAAUGCAACGAUUAAAGCGGGUUUUGGUGAUUAA